CACCAGAUAUGCUUGUAUCUGGCUCACAUGACGUCAUAGUGGGAAGUGGAAUUAAACAGGCUUUAUUUAGAUGUAAUCCCUCAUAGCAAUCGGCAGAGCAAGUAAAAUGUCCCAGAGAAGAGGGAGAGAGAGAUAAACCCUAUUGGAUUAGUAGAAGUCCCUGCCCAUCCCAACCUAUCCCCUCCCUUCAUUUUUUUUAUCAACGUUUCGUGGCCAUCUCAAGCAUCCAACCUUUUACCGUGGCUUCCAUGGAGUAGGUGUGCUAACUCUAGAAUGUACUGCGUGAUGUGGUUUGGUGUGAUGUGUUUGUGUGUGGUGUCCUCUUUCCUCGCGCACAACAAGCCAGCAUGACCAGAGAUUAAUUAUUCAAGGACCAACAGCCAAAGGGGGAGUCACCUGAUAGUACGGACCUACAAUAUUACUACCUGAUAUCAGGUGAAACAGUAGACCCUGCUUCAUCUUCUUUUCUGCUUGUUCUUCUUGUUCUCCUUCUCCAUCUCUUCAUCCCACAGCUACAGUACAUGAAGAUUUGAAAGAGAACUUUCAAAAACAGCUACAAGUGGAUUUUUGUUUUUUGUUUUCCCUCUGUUAACGUUUUCUCUGCUUUUUCCUUUUUUGCCAAUGCUUGUCCCUAACAAACAGUUGAGUCUUGGUCGCUCCCACAGUUGGGACACAUUAGGGGGGAAUGAGGGUCAGUGGGACAGGGCUGACAGUGUCUACGAGCAGCAGGCAAGAGUAGCAGCCCGGCGGAGCUCUCUGUCAUACGGAGAGGGAGGAGGGUGGUACGAGCCUCCACCAGGAGUGCAGCCACCUGACCUAGAAUUGAAACGCGACCCGUAUUCCUACCAAGACUCUCUCUACUCACAGGUUUACGCAGAGCGACACAACCCACGGGGGCUGAGGAAGGGCUCUGUGCCUGAUCUAAACCACUACGAACGUGCACCCAUGGCUCAUCGAGGAUCCAUUCCACAUCAGGAAUACUAUUCCCAUGACCCGGCCAUGACUCCCCGGCCACCUGAGGGCUUUUACCGGCCAGAACACCAGCCUCCUCAUCCACUCAGUAGGUCAGGUUCUCACUUUGGGAUGACACCUGGGGCUCGUGCUGUGUGGGAUCAAGGUCAGGGAGGGAGAGCUGGACCUCAAGCCCCUUCAUCGCCUCUACCUCCUCCUCCUCCUCCUCCAACCGCUCAUGAGUUGAAUCGGGCUUAUAGGGAAUCUGGUGCUGUUACUGCCAAAAUGACAGAUGGCCAACAGCGCAUGCCCUCCCGAGACCCGUCUCCUGCUCAUUAUGGUAUGGAGCAUGGAUCUCCUCGGUAUGCCAGUGAGCCUCCACCUCUGACCUCUCAGUCAGUCUAUACUGAUGUUAAUGGCCGCCCAUUGGAUCCGCAGCAGCAGGGUGCUACUUGUCUAGUAGUAGAUCCUGCUAGUCAAAGUAUGAUUAUGAGGCAAGAGACAGCCUCACCCUAUGCCAUCCAACAACAGCAGCAGUUACAACAGCAACAACAAAUACAACAGCAACAAAUACAACAGCAACAAAUACAACAGCAACAAAUACAACAGCAGCAGUUACAGCAACAGCAACUUCAGCAACAACAAAUACAGCAGCAACAACUUCAACAGCAACAAUUACAACAGCAACAGCUUCAACAGCAGCAGUUACAGCAACAGCAAUUUCAGCAGGAACAGUUGCAGCAGCAUCUGCAACAGUCCCUGCCACCUCCACCAACUAUGGCCAUCUCUGACCCUAACCUUACUAUGGCGGCUCCACUCCCUGCUCCACCUGCACUAAUGCAGAACGCAGCAGUUGCCCCUGCUGCACCAACCCCUGUGCAGGCUGCCCCAUCUUCAGCCCCUCCUCCCCCAGCCUCUCCACUUCCUGCUCCUCCCCCGACUGUCCCAGGGACACCUUUGCCUUUGGAACCCAAGAGGAUAGUUGAUCCUGAGUUCCUUGCCUUGCUACGAAAUGAAGGCCUCUCAGAGAGCACCAUUUCCUCAGUUAUCCAGCAGGGAUUUGACUCCACUAGCAUGCUGGCUGUUAUGGAGGACAACGAUGUGCGCACUGUUGCCCCCAACCUCGGCCAGGCUCGUGUACUGUCUCGCUUGGUCCACAAUUGCAAGCGGCCCGUUGAGGCUCUGCCAGCGCCUUCCCAACCUCAGACACCCAUGCGUGGCCGCUCUAAUAGCUUUAGCCAUCGCUCAGACAUCUACCACCAGCAGCAGCACCACCACCCAUCUCAUCCUCCACAGCCUUUGACUGUGGACCCACACCUGAUGCCCCCACAGACCCCUGGGGCCAUGCAGACCAUCUCCCCAAGAAUGGGAGAAGUAAUGGGUAGGAGGCCCAACAGUGCCCCCUCUCAGCAUCUCCUGGAAGCCUCUGGGGGCUACCCAGGUCAAUCACCUCGCUCCCCGGGGCCAUACACUGGAGCCAUUAUGCCUGUUCAGUCAAGACCCAUGUCUGCGUACUCUACUGGGAUGACAAUGCCAGGGAUGCCCAUGCAAGGUAUGCAGAUUAUGCCACAUCAGAUGACUGGGUCAAUGCCUGCCAUACCAGGGUCAAUUCACUCCAUGCCAGGUAUGCCACAGCAAAUGCCCAUGUCCCUGCCAGCCUUACCACAGCCACCGCAACAGGUACCGAAAGCAUACUCUACCAAUUACACAGUGCCCAUGGAGCUGAUGAAGAGGGACAGGAACUUAAUGCCAUUGUCACCAAUGCACAGUCCUCACCCCAGUCCUCAGCUGAUGCGUAAGGGUGGGGGACCUGCAGACAAUGCCCUUGUCCCUAUGGGUGCACCAGGCCAAGGCCAAGGUGCCCUGGUUGCUAACCAGAAGCUAAGUCGACGCACAGGUCCACCAGUCAUCGUGUCCUCUAUGGCAUCUCCAGAUACAA